AUGGAAUUACAGCAGUCCACUGCAGCGGCGGCACUGCAGUCACCGUCGCCACCGCCCCCACCUCCAGCCUUUGCGCGCAGCGGGUAUCAUUCAAAUGGCAUGAGCGGCAGCGCAAAGCGGCGCUACCACCGCCGGCAUCACUGCUUCUCCGAUAAGAACAUUGUUGAUCUUUGUCGCCUUGACAACAGCAGCAACAGCCACGCCAGAAGUAGUAGUAGUAGUAAUAGCAAUAAUAAUAGGAAAAACAGCAGUGAGAGUGCAGUGGGAAGAGGUGUUUUUGUAACACACAGCUGUCAAACACCAGCGAGGCAGCAACAGCACGCUUCUGCUCACGGCAGCUCACCUGCGUUGUUGACUAGUUGCUGUCAUGUACCGCGUUGUUCCCCUGCGAAAAGAAUGUCGUCUUUUUCGUCGUGGGGAUGUGAGCCACCGACAAAAAUACUGGACUUUAUUUUCAUCGGGGGCGUGCGUGACGCGACCAACGCAGAAUUUUUGCGUCGAGAGAAUGUAGUGACAAUUCUCAACGUCUCGCGAGAGGAAUACUGGUCUGUGGAUCGCGGCAUUGUCAUCCACCCGUUUGUUGUGGAUGACACAAGCGAUGCAAACAUUCAGCAGUUUUUCCGAUCCACCUACAUGCUCCUCGAGCAGACGCGUAAAGCGUACUAUGAUGCCAGCAAGGGUGGUACAGGUGUUGGCCCCCGCGUGCUGGUACACUGCCAACGCGGAAAGAGCCGAUCCGCCACCAUCGUGCUUGCCUACCUCAUCCGCCGCAACGGUUGGACAGUAGCCGAGGCGUUGCAGUACGUCACCCGUCGUCGGCCGUCUGUGGAACCAAAUUUAGGUUUUAUUGACGCCUUGCGGGCGUAUCAGGAGUCUAUGGAUGUGGAGGAGCGCACGCGACGCUGCAGUUCACUUGGCCUUGCGGUGCGGAACCUAUCGCGUGAUACGGCGUCGUCGGUUGUACAUAAAUUCUUUGAGGACCACGUUGGCUGUGUGCAGGAGGUGGUGAUGCAUUCCUUCCGCCGCAACCAGCACCGUCGCACCACCAACGGCGAGGGUGAUAGCGACGACGCCGACAUCAAUACUUUGUGCCUCGUCUUUUUUGCCGCGUCAGAGUGUGUGCGAUUGGCAAAGGUCUUGUACAUGCAACGGCCGGAGAUUUUCAACGCUCUCAGCGUCGCUGCUGGAAAGGAGCUGCGGCUCACGAUUCCCAGCAAACUAAUCCGUCCGCCGAGGGCGGCACCCGCCUCUGGCGAUGGUGGCAAUGACACCUUGGGCGAGAACUCGACUCCGCCGGAGGAGACACCGAACGGAGGCACGGAAGACGGCGCAGGCGAAUGA